UCUGUGCGCAAGAAGCACUCAAACUCAGCAAUGAUCUUAGCCCUACCUUACGACACCAUGGUGCCUCUCCUUGUGCUCUGCCUUCUUUCGCCACUCUUAGUUGCCUCUGCGGAUACAUCCCUUAAGUGUCAACAAGGAACUGAAGGUUCUGAGGUUUCAGACUGUGCCAGUGGUUUGAAUGCCUGUGUGGUCAUCAAGGACGAGAGCACAAUGUUUGGAGUCAAGUUUAGUACAACAUUCUAUACAUGUGGGAAAAAUGAUUCUUGUGCCAAUGCUUUUACCAUCACCAUAGGAGAUGGGAAACAUUUGCGCUCCAGCUCCGCUUGCUGUACUGAAGAUGGGUGCAACAAAAACUUAGAUUGGGGAAAAUAUGCUAACAAAGACCUGGGAGUGGGGAGGACUCAGUGGGUGGUUUUGUGA